GCCUGAGAGGAGGCAGGACUCGGGCAGAAGGCCACCGCGGACACGGGCCCUGGGCUACGCUUUCCCCGAAGAAGCCAAGGUCAUCCUCCUUGUCCCAUCCUCUUUCCUGUGCCUUGGCGGGGCCCUCACCUCGUGUCCUGACCUCAGCCUCCCCAAACACGGCUGAGUAGUGACCUUCUGGGCCUCGAUCUGCAAAGCCACCGACUUCCAGCCCACAGGCCCCAGUCCAGGGACGGCGCCCUCACCAUGGUAAAGCUGCUGCCUGCCCAGGAAGCAGCCAGGAUCUACCAUACUAACUAUGUGCGGAACGCGAGGGCCGUGGGUGUGAUGUGGGGCACACUCACCAUCUGCUUUUCCGUGCUGGUCAUGGCCCUCUUCAUCCAGCCCUACUGGAUCGGUGAUAGCGUCAACACACCACAGGCAGGAUACUUCGGCCUUUUCUCCUACUGUGUGGGCAACGUGCUGUCCUCUGAGCUCAUCUGCAAGGGUGGCCCGCUGGACUUCUCCUCCAUCCCCUCUAGAGCUUUCAAGACUGCCAUGUUCUUUGUGGCCUUGGCCAUGUUCCUCAUCAUUGGCUCCAUCAUCUGCUUCAGCCUGUUCUUCGUCUGCAACACAGCCACGGUCUACAAGAUCUGUGCAUGGAUGCAGCUGGCUGCUGCCACAGGCCUGAUGAUUGGCUGUCUGGUCUACCCGGAUGGCUGGGACUCAAGUGAGGUGCGGCGCAUGUGUGGGGAGCAGACGGGCAAGUACACGCUGGGCCAGUGCACCAUCCGCUGGGCCUUCAUGCUGGCCGUGCUCAGCAUCGGAGACGCGCUCAUCCUCUCCUUCCUGGCCUUCGUGCUGGGCUACCGGCAGGACAAGCUCCUCCCUGACGACUACAAGGCAGAUGGAAAAGAGGAAGUUUGAAGCAGCUGAAGGGUUGGUGAGUAACGCCACUGGAGGGUGGUCUGCGUGCUUUUGGAAGAGCUGUGGUGCUGUUUCCUUGGGGACUUGGAGGCGGAAGGACUUGGCUGGGCUGAAGGGGCUGCGGUGCGUCCUGGGAGAGAAGCAUGACGCAGGGGGCAGGAAGCUAGCGGUAUCUGAGACCUUCAUCACUGAGGGGCAAACAGGAACCCUUUACUUUUACUUGUGUCUUGGGAGGUGGAAA